CGCUUGCGCAGCGUUUCUGACUUUCCCACUCUGUCCCCCGUACCAUGGCGUCCACGGAAGAGGACGGCUCGGUUGAAGAGAAGGAAAACAACAACAAGAAGAGGACGAAAAGUGCCAUCGCUAUCGCAUGGCUUACAUUUUACAACAUCGCCAUGACGGCCGGGUGGCUGGUUUUGGCUAUGGCAAUGAUGCGCUUCUACAUCCAGAAAGGAACACACAAGGGUCUGUACAAAAGUAUAGCAAGGACACUCAAGUUUUUCCAGACCAUUGCGCUAGUUGAGGUGGUGCAUUGUGCAAUCGGAAUCGUGAGGACCUCUGUAAUUGUGACUGGGGUUCAAGUAUGUUCACGAAUCUUCAUGGUGUGGUUCAUCACCAACAGCAUCAAACAGAUCCAGAACGAAGAAAGUGUAAUCCUCUUCUUGGCCGUUUGGACGUUUACAGAGAUUACCAGAUAUUCCUUCUAUACAUUCAAUCUGCUCAACCACCUGCCAUACUUCAUCAAAUGGGCCAGAUACAACAUGUUUAUCAUCAUGUACCCUCUCGGAGUGGCCGGAGAACUCCUGACCAUUUACACUGCUCUGCCAUAUGUUCGCAAAACCGGGAUGUUGUCCAUGAGGCUCCCCAACAAGUAUAACGUCUCCUUUGACUACUACUACUUCCUCGUUAUCGUCAUGCUCUCCUAUAUCCCAUUGUUCCCACAGCUCUACUUCCACAUGCUCCGUCAGAGGAGAAAGGUGCUUCUUGGGGAGAUCAUAGUAGAGAAGGAUGAGUAGAACCGCCUCACAGUCCAGCAGCUGGCGUUCGUUUUGGGACAGCGAGUCAGCACAGCUCCCCUGCCGCCACAUCCAUUCACCUUUGGUACCGCGCUCCACCGCACUCCACAUGCAACAAAAUGGACCGGGAGAGUCGGACGAAUACUAACAUCGCCGGAAUAGCCAUGUUAUAAUCACGGAAAAAGAAUGAAACAUCACAGUUACCACAAUAACUAUAACUGGACUAAAUACAGUGCUGCAAGAGAAAUCAUAACCCAACAGGAAUAACAGUCAUCAGAAUCGUCACUGAAUCAGUCAUCAGCAAACUCAUCAAUCAACGAGAGGAAUCAUUACAGAACUGGAAUAGUCAUCAUUGUGGAACGAAUGAAUAAAUAUAAUCUCUAGCCCGGAAUCAUUAUCAUCGCAAAACUGGAACGUACUGCUGCCACUGUGUCUUCACUGUCCAGGUUUAGAUAUCUAGAUCCCCAGAAAGAGAACGCACUGAAUCCAUCAGCCAGUGUGGCCACAGCAUACUGCACUGAAACCCUGCAACCUGAUAGCAUAAUACUGCACUGAAACCCUGCAACCUGAUAGCAUAAUACUGCACUGAAACCCUGCAACCUGAUAGCAUAAUACUGCACUGAUUACCUUCUACGCCUGCUAAAAAAAAAAAAAUACUGGAAGGCGCCUGCUGUGCAUUGAGUCAACCACACAGCAGACACAUACUGCACCCACCUUCAGUGCAAGAUAGUAGAAGUUCAAGGGAACCUGGAAAUGGUGAUAUGGAAGGAUGGAGGAGGAGAGAUGAUAGUUGAGUCCCCUGAGCAGUUUUUUUUCUUUCAAUCGGCUAUUUAUUUUUGUAGAAAUUUAUAAGCGUUUUCCACCACAGUGAUUUUAUACGUAAAUAGCGUGUGGCAACAAUGACUAGACAGAAGUUUAAAAAAAAAUAGAAACAAUUAUGCAUAGACGUAUUAUACCUCGACAAUAAACAGACAUUUGCGCAAUAUGCUGCUUCCUUGGUUUAUGUGUGUUGUACUUUAUUUGUAAACAAUGUGAAACAGCAACAUUAGUAGGCUAUUUUGUGCACAGAUCGGAUCAUUUGAAGAAUGACUUAAUUUAUUCACAUAUCACCUGGUUGGCAAUAUUAUAUGGUUUGUAAGGCAGUAAUACACUUGUACUGAAUGUUAUUAGUAUGUUCGGUGUAGCUGAGACUGCUCAAACGUGUUAACUUGUUGUUCUCUCCAUGUUGCUUUAAUGUUUACCAAGAGCUCAGUCAAAUGUAUUUACAAGUGUGCAUCUUAAACAAAGGUUACAACUUUACAGAAAAGCUCUUUGUUUAAAAAAAAAAAGUUCAAACCAACUUAGAAGACAGAAGAUAAGAGAGGAAUGAUUUCUGAGCUCUCACAGUCUUCAGUUAGUCACUGUUUUGUUCUUUAUGCUCAACCAUCUAUGUUCGGGAUCCCAUUGUCCUGGUUGGUAUUGUACUGGUAGUUUUAGUGUUAGAUUCCCUCUACUAAAAAGGUGCUACUGUGUCAGAUCGUUUCAAACUUCUGUGCAGCUGAAGGAGAAACUGGAAUAGGGAUGGAGAUAGGAACGGGAAAACAGAAUGUGAAAUGUUUUGGGGAGAAGAUGUACGACUUGGAAGUGUUUCUCUAAUUAUAUGCACUGUGAUAUCGAGCCCCGUGCUACAGUGUACUGAAUGAAUUGACAUAAUGCUAUGAAUCAGGGUUCGACAAGAAAGAAAGAAACAAUAAAACUCAAUGUCAAAAAUCA